GUGUCGCCGCCGUCGCCGCCGAGUCCGCGGACGAUCUGCGUUGUGUCGCGACUCGCGACUCGCGCCGCGCCGCUGUGUUGAUAAAAUUUGUGUAGCAGUGAACGAAAAGGACGUAUGUAUAUGUACGUCUCGUCUUUCAGUUGACUUUCAUCGUCGUUUUGCAGCGAACGUUUCGCACGGAUAUCGAUAGGAAAUUGCACGAUCGCUACGUAAUAAAGUUAACGCAUGUUUUUGUCGGCAGACAUCACCUUCAUGAGACGUAAUAAGAUUUGCAAUAAGUUAUUCGGAACGUUUUAUAUCUCUUGGUCUUUGUGUUGAAUCCAGAAACCUGUACAGUAAAAAAUAGCGUCGCGGUGAGUGUGGCGCAAUGCAGUGUGUGUUUUGUUGGGAAUACAACCAGUGUGAUUCGGAUUUGAAUAAGGGAGACUUUGGUCUCAAAAAUAGUGGCGGUGAGCAACCCUGGAAUGUGCUGUAGUCAUGCUGCCCAUGGUACAGCCGGAACCGGUGAUCCUCAACUGUGGAGGUCACUCCGUCGACGGGGCCGCCACUCCGACCGACACGUUGCCUCCGUCGCUCACUCCAGAUUCCGAAGUAGACGAAUUUGUAGACAUCUUCUUUGAUGUCGAUAUUGGUGUUCACGCCUUUUCAAGAAUUGAAUCCUGUGACCUCCAACUGGGAGACACAUGGAGGGGGAUGCAAGGCAAGAUGAGCGUGACAGCGCCGGUUAAGAAGAUAAGAAAAAAGUCAGACAAUAAGCCACAAUCUCAAAUAAACAAGUGCCACAACGAGAAAAAAAGGCGGGAGCUCGAGAACGAGACUAUAAACCAGCUUGAGGAGCUUCUGGGAACCUGUCUCGCUGAGGUGAAGCAGCCGGACAAGAACGGCAUCGUCCGGGAGGCGACGCGCCAGAUCCAGGAGGUUCUGAAGAGGCGGCGCGAGUGCCCCGGGGAGUGCCCGCUGCGCGCGGCCCAGUGCCUCUCGCCCGUGCAGGCCGGCGAGGUCAGCUCCACGCAGCCGCAGCCGCUCGGCGAAGGACACCACUACUCCGAGCUCACCACGCUCAUCGAGGCCCUCAAACACUACACGAAUAGUCUCGGUUGGGUCUUAUUAGAAAUCAACUGUAAAGGGGAAAUCGAAUGUAUAACGGAAAAUAUCAAAGAAUUUACUCUGCAAGACAGAACUGAAUUGUAUAGGAAAUCAAUUUUCUCCUGUUUGCAUGUCAACGACCAUGCAAAGUUAAGACCGCUCUUGAGCAACGUCCAGACGUUCUCCUGGAGCGCGGCCGAGGUCGACAGAUUCCAAGCCAUUCAGGCACGGCUGCUUGUUAAGAACUCUAAUGGGACUGACGGAGCUGGAUACGUGGAGUGCGUGAUCCACGCUGCGCCCGUGCGCGGCUCGUCGUCGGAGGAGGCCGGCUCCGUCAUGUGCGUCAUCCGGCGCUGCGAGGACGCGUCGGCCGCACUGCUCCCCGUCGACGGCGGCCCGCCCGCCAUCGCCGCCAAGCCCUCCGACAACAUCGUCUUCAGGCUGGACAGCAACUUCACUGUGCUAUCCUGUGAUUUGAGUGCCGUGGAAAACUGUGUAAACUCUCCCGUGUCUCUCGUGGGUACUCCCUACUUGGAACUGAUCGAAAGUAGUGAUCGUAAUCGUGUGAUUUCUCACCUGCGAGAAGCUCUGUGCUACCCCGCGCCGCCCGCCAUCAGCGACCCCUUCCGGCUGCGCAUCGCGCCCGGCCGCGCCUGGAUCAAGGUCAGCGCGCGCUCGCGGCUGUUUCGGGCCAAGCCCACCUCCGGGGACCCCGACUUCAUAAUGUCCACGCACACCGUGCUCGGCGACGAAGAACUCGACCUCCUCGAAUCCGAGACCCCCCGGCCGACCGUCGGCGGCCCGCUCAUGUCCUCGGUCGCCAACGGCGAGUCGUCCGCCUGCGAGCGCUUCCGCUCCCCGAUGAGCCCCGCCGAGCCGCCCUUCUCGAUCAACGACUUCGACCUCGAGCCGUGGGCGUCCACGUUCCAGCUCACCGACAUGUCCAGCGACGACUCCAAGGACCGCAAGGACACCGCGUCCGAGGGCCCGUCGACGCCGCUCACGCCGCGCGCGCCCUCCACGCCCGGCGAGCCGCCCGCCGAGGAGCCGAACCGGCUGCGCUCGCUGCUCAGCAAGAAGCCGAUGGCGGCCGACGGCAUGAACUCGAACAACCGCAUCCUGAAGGACCUGCUGAAGCAGGAGGACGAGGAGGCGACGGGCAGCGAGACGUCGGCGCCGCACACGCCGCUGACGCCGCUCACGCCGGCCGCGGCGCUGUCGCCGCUGCACCAGGCGCCGCGCGCGCCGCCGCACCCGCCGCACCCGCCGCACCCGCCACAAACGUCGCAUCAGCCGCAUACUUCGCACGCCGGCCCGACUCAUGCGACGCAUAAUCUUCAACAGACUCACAACUCGGACGUCCUAUUGAGGAUACUGAAUGAUAAGUCUGACGAGGACGCUGAAGAAAGAAGGAAUUCGGGGGACGGGGGUCGUAGCACGUCACAACCGAGCGCCCUUCUGUCGCAGUUGCUGUCGAGCAGCAACGGGCCCUCGGGCAACGGCCGCGCGCCCGAGGGCACCGACCACUACCUCGAGAAGAUCGCCGGCGUCAAGCGCAAGCUGGAGGAGGCCAAGGCCAACGCCAGCAACGCCAAGCGCGCCUCGCUCGACACGCAGCAGCAGGUUACCUCGAGCGCUGUCUCUGCCGCCUCUUCUACGCCAUCAUCGACGGCGUCCAGCCAAGCCUCUAGCAUGAGCCCUUUAUGUCAGAAGAAUCAGAUCCUGGUGUCACUGCUGGCGCGGCAGCAGACGACGCCGACGACGCCGCCGCCGCUGCCAAAUCCGAACCUGCGCGCGUACGGCGCCGGCGUGCGGCCGCGGCCGCCGCACCUGGCGCACCACGCGCCGCACCCGCCGCACCACGCGCCGCACCACGCGCCGCACCCGCCGCCGCACCAGCCGCCGCACCAGCCGCACCCGCCGCCGCAUCCGCAGCACCAGGCGCCGCCGCAGCGACAUCUCUCCACGCUCUCCACUAUACUCACGGCGAAUGCCAGUCGAGCCAGCAGCGUGAACGGUGGCCCAGGGCCAGGCACAGGGCAGGUGUCCACGGCGUCAUCGGUGGAGUGCUCGACAGCGAGCCUGCACACGCACAGCCAUGCUACACAGAGUCACCUGCAAAUGGUGCUGCAAAGCGGCGGCAUGCGGCCGACCUACGCGCCGCCGCCUGCGCCCGCGCCGCUCCACUACGCCACGCCCGCGCCGCACCAUAGCUACAAUAAUACGCCGCAAAGCAGUAGUUCACGUACUCAAGUCGGGUCUGGCGACAGUGAAGUGCCCAGCGAUCAGACUCUGUCGGACCUCCUGGAUGAGGUCAUAGACAACAUGCCUGAUGCAGAUCGCUCGGCGCCUGAGGGUGUAAAGGAGAAUGCAAUGACAAUGAUAAUGGCCAUAAGGCAAAGUUUAAUGCAGUGCGAGAACGCCAGCAAGAGCCCUGUGUCGAGUCCCGGGACCCCGCCUGUGUAUCCUGUACAAAGCCCGGGAGCGUGCAACAUGGGCGGGGGAGGGGGAGGCGGCGGGGCCGGCGGCGCGCCGAUGUUCGGCGGCGCCGACGUGGCGCGCGCGCGGGCCGCCGCCGAGCAGCAGCAGCAACGCGCGCGGUUGCUGCAGAUGCAGCGGCAGCAGCAGAUGCUCGUGUCGCCAGAGGCUGCCGAGCAACCUCAACAGGACUUAGGCUCUACAAUUAGCGCCCUAGUCACCGCCACACCGCCUAACGUCGCGCUUACGCGCACGGAUUAUUCUCAUUUAUAUCACCCAUCAAAUCAAAUGGGUGGUUCAAAUUAUGGUACAAACAAAAUUACCUCGUCCCAACAAAACCCGAUGCUGAGUCGACAACUAAGUGGCUCAGGGUCGGGCGGGUACGCGCACGGCGUGGCGCUGGCGGGCGGCGUGCACACGCCCAUGACGCCGCAGUACCACCGCGCGCCGCGCCCGCAGCUAGUGGGCGGCUACUACGAGGACGGCGGCGCCGGCUACUGCGGCGAGUACGCGCGGCGCUCGCACCACCCGCCCCACCACCCGCCGCACGACUCGCAGAUGCCAUGCGCCGGCAACGGAGGCGGCGUGGUGAGCGGCGCGGGAGCGGGCGCGGGCGCGGGAGCGGGAGCGAACGCGGGCGCGGCGGGCGGCACGUCGGAGUACGUGCGCAACGAGCUGCGCGCCGUGGUGGGCGCGCGCUCCGCCCGCCCCGACCUGCAGCCGCAGAUGCAGUCGCCCGACCUCGACCCCCUCAUGACCUUCGACAUGCCCGCCUCUGGUGGCGGCAGUUCGGUGGGGGCGCGGGCCACCGCGACGUCGGCAAACACGUGGGAGUCGCAACAGAGCACCCCGAGUACUACGGAGGCGGGCUCGGCGGAGGCGGGGGCGGCGGCGGGCGGUGAUGAGACGCCGGCGCCGGCGGCGGCCGGGGCGGCUGGGGCGGCCGGGGCGGCUGGGGCGGGCCCGGGGGCGGCUAGGGCGUCGCUGCUGCAGAAGCUGCUCUCGCAGUAGGCGCCGGCCCGGCAGCCGGCGCUCCGCCGCUCGCUGAUGUUUGCAUUUAUUAUUUUCUCGCCGUUCCCGGUGGACGAUCAUCGACGAUUAUAUUCGAUUCCACCGUAACCGACGUCGUUCCGAGUUACGGUCUACGUGGUACCUCUACGGCUGUAAAUCUCACGUUUGUGAGAGUAAUAUAGUACACGUAUUUAUAAAACGUCUUUUAAUGUAGUCUAGUAGUGCUAGUGAUAUUUCGAGUUGUAAAAAUCGUUUCGUUGACGACUUUUUGUCUUAUGUUUUAUUUUCGGACGAUCGCAUAGGAUUGACUUUGAAAUUUCUGUAUCUAUAUCGAGUAUAAUUUUAACGAACUACGAAAUACGAAGGUAGCUUCCUGCGUCUAAAUAAACAAUAUAAUUGUCUUUUUUUAAUAUACAUGAAAAUGUACAAUAGAAAUAUACCGCGUGCAAUAUUGUAUAGAAAUAAACACAUAUUUUGGCGUUGUGAACGUUAUGUAUUAUAGUGUGAAAGUCAGAUGUUACCUGUUAUGACAAAGUAAUUUGUAUUAUAGUAUAUGAUGAAACGGGAAUGAAAAGGUUUUCUCACUAGAGAAUAUUAUUUUGUAAGUGUGUAAAUAAUAUGUUGUUAAAUUAUAGCUGUUGCUUUAUUGUAAAUAUUUUGUUAAAAUAUUUCAUUGUGUUUUAUGUAUAAUUUUCGUGUAACUUUUAAACCUUUAAUUGAUAUUGAUUAAAACAUAUUUGCUUACUUUAUGAGUUUACAAAUUAUAACUUUAAUUUGCCCAUGAGUUUAGUUUUAGGACGACGUUUGUGGUGUAGACUUUGUAAUCACAGAUAUACAAAAAAAAAAAAUAUUUUCAAAACAUCUUAAUUUUAUAAAAUUAAAGUUAAAUUGUUUUUAAAGGAAACGAAUGAAGUUAUUCAGUUGAAAAAUUCUCAAUAAAAUUAUUAAUUUUAUAUUGAUAAAAUCUUAGCGUAUGUCUUGACAGUGAAGUGAUACAUGUUUGGUGUAUAUUAUAAGCGGCAGCGUAUUUUGAAAUGAUAAAAUCUCUGAAAGGGAUUUCUGUUCUGACUACAGUCCGACAGCUGUUGCAAACGUCGACUGUUUUUUUGGUACUGACGACUAGUAGACAAUCUAAAAUGAUUGCAAAUUACGGUGCUAGUGCCAAAAAAGUGUCAGAAAAGUUUUGGUCUUAGCUUUAUCUUAUGUAUUGUAUCUGUGAUUAUAAAUAGAACAGAGCUGAGUAGAUGAAUUCUUACCUAUUAUGUUUCUUUUUCAUUAUAAUUUCAAUUGAUUACUUCACAGUCUUAUUUAACCAAUUGUACGAUAUGCUGACAGUAAUAACCUACAAAGAAAAAACUACGUAUAUGAUGUAGAAAAUUACAGUUUUUUUUUCAUCCAAAAACCUCUUUCAAAUCAUUGGUUGUAUAAAGUAAAUUAUGAUGUAAUACCACUUUGUCACCAGAAAAGAUGAAUGAACGUUUUAUCUAUGGGGGAAAUAAAAUGCUAGAUUAUUACGAACCAGAUUUAAAGAGGAAAAUGUAUGUUCGGUGUCAUUUAUUUCUAGUACGGUAAAUAUAAAAUUAGGCACCAAAAUUACCAACGUUUCUGCAAUCUUUUGAGAUAGCAAUCUAAUUACUGCUAUCCUGAAAGUUCAAAAUUAUUUUGGAAAAGUUAUAAGUGUAGAAAAUGCACAACGUAUAAAAAUUAAUUAUAAAGUACUAAUUACGUGUAAAUUAAACUUAUAAUCUUACGAUGAUUCUACUACUAAGGAUUUGUGAAAAUGUAAUCAAGGAAGGAUCAAAACAAGAUAAAAUUUAAAAUAAUGUGAUUUGAAUACUGCCCAUCCAAACAGUUUAAAUAGUUCCCAUAACUAUUCUAUUUGGGACCAUAAAUAGUAAACUUCAAAGCAAACAACACCAACUAUUAGAUACCUAUCUAUGUUGUACCACCUUAUUUCACAUUCGCAUAGUGUUUCUUCCUUGUAUGGUUAAAAUUGGGUAGGGUCUUACGAUUGUUGUAACAUGUAAGUAAGUGGUACAUAAACGAUAAAAAUGUUGGUGGAGUGUAUGUAUACAUGGUAAAUGGUAUAUUAAAAUUUAAAUGUGAAAGAAGUAAUUUUUAUAGAAUAACUCCAGUAAUUGUGACUGAAUAAAAUGUUUCAUAAUUUCUCCAAAAUGUUUCUCCAAAAGCUUUUGCAAGGGCAAGAACUUAAUGCGGUCUUAAAGUACUUAACUAUUUGAGGGCUGGCUUAUUUUUGUGAUCUAUCUGGUUUCUUCACAAGAUCCUAAUGUAGACUAGUAUCCACAUUUAAGAAGUAUAUUGUGAUGUGUUAUAUUACCUACCUAUAAUGACGAACGUACAAAUAUGUUAGAGUACCGUGAAGCCGAGUUAAACAAAAGAACAGACUUAUAAAUAUAGAAAUAUUUUUGUACCAUUGAGGAAUAAAUAAAUAGUUCAGACACGUAGGUUACUGACCAAUUAAUUUCAGCUGUAAUUGAAUUAAAGUAAAUCUGAAAGUUAAAUACGCCUAAGACUAACAUUAAAUGUACGGAGUCCCAGCUGUAGUAAUUUACACUUCAUUCCAUUUUAAUUUAUUGGUAGGCAGUUCAUAGCGUUGUACAAUAGGUAGACGUCGAAUCAAUAAAGUACAAGUAAAGGCCUUUUGAAGUGACAACAUUGAAGUAAACCUACGUGAUAUGAAUUACGAAGACUUGUGUUAUCGAAUCGCUAGUGGAACAGCAUCUAAUGCAUUCAGCCUUCUCAAUAAGAUGUUUAAUGUACAUUGUACACAUAGAAAGGUUAUAUUUUUUGCAUAUUUACGAGAGCGUAACUAGAUGAUGUAAUCAAUAACUAAAUACUAUGAUGUAUGGAAAAACGUCCAUUGCAUGUAAUACCAUUGGUUUCCCGAUAUUAAUAAUGUAAAUAAGACGAACUGUUACGAAUGAUGCAUAGGUGCCUGAAGUUAAAGAUAAAAUAUUUUUUCAAUUUCACCUAAAUGUAUGAAGAAAUAAUAAAUUAUUAUAAAAUAAAAGGAAUUAGAAAAUACACACAUAAAUUAAAAGAAUUGUUACUAUAAAAUAAGUACACAAAAUACAUGUAUGUGUAUUAAUUAGAAAUAAAAAGAAAAAGAAUUUUUUUUUGGAAAUAAUUUGCAUUUUAGACUAAAAAAAAUAUACGAGUUGGUAAAUAUUCUUGGUUAAAAGUACAGCGUCACUAUGUUAAUUCCGUAAGUUUUGAUUCAAAUCUCUUUUAAUUAAGCAUUGGUAAAUAUUUCGUCUUCCAAAAUAAGAGCAAAAAUAAUUAUACAACGGUAAAACCUCAUCAGAUCCCUUGUAACUAGAAGGCUAGAAGUUCUGUUCCCUCAUCUUAUAACUGUUAAAAGUGAACAUCAAACUGAUACAUCUAGAGUUUGUAAAAAUAUGAUAUUAUUACCAACGAAAUAAUAUUCCUAUGAUAAGACACAUUAAUAUUUUAAUAGUGAGACAUCAAAUGGGCUUUUAUAAAUGAAUAAAUGAAUAAAGUAUAGAUAUUACUUGUAUGCAAAUCGAUUAACUUUAUAUAGAAUCUUAGGAAGCUAUUCAUCUCUGUGUGUUGGAUUUAUACCUCAUUGUAAAAAUCAGUCUGUAGUCAUAGUUCAAUAAUUAUUGUACAAACAGCAACCUUAAGCCGCGAUAUUAACAAAAACCUAGCCCUUAUUUCUUUUCGGACUACGAAAUUACACAAAUUUUGGUUGAAAAAAAAAAGUUUUUGAUUUUAAUUGUUACUUUUAAGAAAUUGGACAUGUCAGAGUUAUUAACGUAAUGUCGACAAAUAUUAUUAAGGGCAUAAGAAUACUAAAUAUAUUACAAUUCUGGGAGAAUAAGAAUUCUGAAGCGGAACUAUAUUGAAAUGUUAUGCAUGAUUGGAAUUCUAUAUAAGAACAUUAUAAUUAUUAAUUUUGUAUGUAAGGUCAUAUUAGGACGUUGUCACAGUGUAAGUUUACCUAAUUAAAAAUACAAUUAAUAGGGUCCAAACUUUCCAUCCAAUGUUACAGAGAAAAAAUAAAAUUGGACUGUAUUAACAAGAAUGUGAUACGUCGAUAUAAUAGAAAUAUUUUUUUAUCAAGACGAAUUUGCGCUGUGACAGGGGACUAAUGGUAUCACUUGGCUCCAUGUAGCUAGAAACAAGGAUGGGUACGGGAAUCUUUGUUUCGAACGGACAAAGCAUAAUUAGUUUCGAUACUGAUUUUUCAUAUUUGAUAGAGUUAUUUAGAUAUUUCCACUACUAUUAAAGGGUUCUUUAAAAUUUAUAUAUGUAAGAAAGAAUAUGUGUGAUAAAAGUAUUUAUUUGUAGUGGGAUGACAGUUGCUAACACAUUGAGGCAUAUCCCGUACAUACUGAUUUUAUUUUUUGUAUAAAAUCGUGUCUCUUGUCUUGGCCUGUCGUCUGCGACCAAGGGUAUUUUUAUAUUGUGUACAUUUUUAGGUUUAACAUUCUGUUAUAGAUAAAAAGAACUAGUUAUGCUUUUCCAAACAUUGCAAAGUGAUUUAGUGAUUAGACACUCGCAGAAAAGAUAUUUCGAAUUCCUAUUUAUGUGUUAUUUAACAUUAUUAAUAAUAAUGACACAUUUAGAAUGUGAAGUGUAACCUGUGAGGGUUUAUUGAGCUGUUACUCAGAUGUGAACUCCGAGCUAGUCUUAGUUUCUGACAAGUCUUUUCAGCGGGCGUCUGAUAUAUCUGUGUUAUUUAGUUAUCUGAUGUUAGUUAAGGCCUUUUGUGUUGCUGUGCAUUUCUACGCAUUGUAUGUAUGUAUGUUUAUAUAUUGUAAAUAGCUAAAUACUAUAUUUUUACGAGUAGCAUACACAACCAAAGUUGUUAUAAAGUGAUGGUUGAUUAAAUAAUAAUUUUAAUAUAGGUCGUUAUGUUUAUUUUAGAAAAGAUACAAAUGAAAUUGUACAGCUGUAUGUGAAUACAUCCAAUAUCUUGUCGAAGCCUUUACACAACCGCCCUGAUAUUAAAAAUCGAAUUUAUUAUUUUUGGUAAAUAAAAUUGGAAGCGAUAUAAAUAACUAUAAGAAAAAGUAAACAGAUGGGUAGUAUGAGUGAUGGCUUACGCUCUUUUUUUUCGUUCCUAGUAGCUUGUCCAGAAACUUUUACCACGACAUUGUAUUUGUCAAUUAUGGGAAUCGACAAAUAGUACCUCCCAGCUAAUCGAAAUAAUGUUUUAUUCA